GCCGAGAUGGGCAAGGUGCUGUCCAAGAUCUUCGGCAACAAGGAGAUGCGGAUCCUGAUGCUGGGUCUGGACGCGGCUGGUAAAACCACCAUCCUGUACAAACUGAAGCUGGGCCAGUCCGUCACCACCAUCCCCACCGUGGGCUUCAACGUGGAGACGGUUACUUACAAAAACGUCAAGUUCAACGUGUGGGAUGUCGGGGGCCAGGACAAGAUCCGUCCCCUCUGGAGGCACUACUACACGGGCACGCAAGGGUUGAUCUUUGUGGUGGACUGCGCCGAUCGCGACCGCAUCGACGAGGCCCGCCAGGAGCUCCACCGCAUUAUCAACGACAGGGAGAUGCGGGACGCCAUCAUCCUCAUCUUCGCCAACAAGCAGGACCUGCCUGAUGCCAUGAAACCCCACGAAAUCCAGGAGAAACUGGGCCUGACCCGAAUCAGGGAUAGGAAUUGGUACGUGCAGCCCUCCUGUGCUACUACAGGGGAUGGACUCUAUGAAGGGCUGACAUGGUUAACAUCCAAUUAUAAAUCCUAAUGAGAGAAUAACUAUUUAGUCUACAAAGAAUUAAAGAAAAAAAAAAAAAUAACCCACAUGGCUUUCCGGAAGAAUGAUUCUCUACUGAAAAGUAAAACAAAAGCAUCCAUAGGAUUAUGAUCACCUUUCUCCAGUUACCACCCUUUCCUUCUGCACACUUGACUGGAUUCCUGUUUUAACUCUUCUUGCUUGGCGUUAGGAUGCUCUAAUCUCCGAAUGUGACAUGAACACAAGCACUAGAUGCUAUGGCAGACUUCCAGCAAACAGGGGAAAGACACAUUGUAGACUUGCUAAGGUAUGAGUUUUACGUGAAAUUGGGGGCAUUACACUACACUUCUGCAGCGCUGACUGCAUGCUGAGUACGUUGUAUACGGAGCUCUUACCAAAGAUGUAUGGGAAGAUAAAAAAUAUGGAAUUCGCUUCUGAAAUGGAACGCUUUGGACCACUUAAAAGUUCCUUCACAAUAUGGUUCCAAAAGUCUUAUCUUGAUGCGGGUUGCAGAUGGGACUGAAUGGGUUCUUGACGCUAGAAGAUAGAGCACUGGUUGACGAUAAGCUUUCCUAAAUUACAGAGAGCCUGCAAAAGCUUAAUGGAGAAUAACUCUUAAACCGCUGCUCUGAAGAAGAGGAGGUUGUAGCUGAACCUCGCCACGCACCAGUGGCUGUCGGGCAGCGAACGCAGCCUGCAGGAUAAAGUGGCAAUCUGUAAGAAAUCCUAUGAUUUAAAAACUAAUCUGGAGUUUAAGUGCAUCGAUUUGUGUUCAUGUGAAUUUAUGGAGUAAGUUUUGAAUGGCGUUAAUCGUGUCUGAUAAGUGAAUGAGUUUGUAGACUGUGAUCUCCCUGACUAAAGUAAACAGGAAUUUUGUGUUCUCAAUAUGGCUGUAGUGUUGGUAAAGAACUAAUAAGCAGAAAAUAAA